AUGGUGAUCAUCAAGUGGCUUCUCGGACUGGGCCUGCUGGGCGUCGGCGUGCAUGGCUUCUCGGCGCACGAAGAGCUGAUGGCGUUCAACUUGACCAAGGCGGGCGUGGACUACGAAGUGACUUCGGACCCUUUUCGCAUUGCCGUAACGCAUAUAACUCGCAGCAAGGAGUGUGCAAAGUAAGUAAGAUGGCAAGUAUAAUAGUGGUUUUUAUGGGUUUCAUUUGGAAGAUGCUGCUUUAUUUAUUUUUUAAGUAGUAAGAGUCAAGACUUAACUAUGAUUUUCAUAUCUUUUACCAUGUUAUUCAGGGAGUACGCGUGUGUUUGUUACAAUUCCAAAGACGGUGGCAAGCUGAAGGAGCAGGCGUUAGCUACGAAUUUGCCCGACUGCGUCAAAACUAAGGGAUUCAUGUGCGGUUCGAUUGGAACUUUCAAUUACUACGUUUCGUUGCGUGGCCAACUCUUCUCGGUGGACACGGCCGAGCACGCGGACAUUCCCCCGUUCAAGGUGGAGAUGCGAUUGAACGACGAAUUCAACUACGUUCCGGUCAUUUCAUUGCAAACUCCGCCUGCGUUAAAAAACCCUAAAAGCUGUCAAUUCUCCAUCACGGCGGUGGGUUUUUAUUUUUUUUUAAAUUUUGUGUUUAGUUUUUUGGAUUUUAAAAUUUCUAAAAUUGUCAUCGAAAUUAAAAAAAAAUUAUUUUUGGCAAAAGUGCUUUUGUUACCUAAAAUAUUGAGCAAAACUUCCUAUUAAGUUGUCAAAUAAUUCUGCGCCCCUUAACUUCGAAAAUUUGCUUUGAGAGGGGGCUCAUAGUUUGUUGAACAAUUUAGUAGAACGCUUUGAGUUUAAAUUGCCAUAUCUUUUUAAAUAUAAUUUUAAAAAUUCUGAAAAUUUCGUAAAACCAUGAAAAGAUACCAUAGUAUCAAAUGGUAAAACAAUAUUCUAAAAAUAUUUGCCGGUCCAUAAGUUAUGGGUAAAAUAUGACGCUUGUUCCAUAAAACUAAAACUAAAGUUUUAUUUUUUUUUAAUUUUCAAAUAAAAAAAAAUAUUUUUUUCAACUUUAAAAAAAUAAAAUUUUUUAUUUAAUUUUUUCAUUUUUUUAAGCUAAAAUUUGAAUUUCAGCAACAUCUGAAACCCUUCAAACAGGCCAAAGCCGCCAUGGAGGACAAGGUCAUCAACUGCCCUGAUUGCAAGAAGUGCCAACUUAGUGGUCCCGAUUUUGGAAACCCGAACGAGUGA